AUGCAAAUGAUUCGAAAACUUGCACCUACUGGAAUUGCAGCCGCUGAAACAGGCGGUAUGACAAUUCAUUCAUUUUUGGGUGAACAACGCAACUCUAGACAACCACGAAUGAUCAAAACGGGUGAUUCGAAACUUGAAAAGGACUGGAGACUAGUCGAAUAUCUAUUGAUCGACGAGAUAAGCAUGGUUGGAUUACAUCUAUUAGCCAAACUCAAUAGGAUUAUCUGCUCUGCAAAACAUGUCGAUGCUCAAAUUCCGUUCGGUGGAGUUAACGUUAUUUUCUUUGGUGACUACUUGCAAUACCGACCCAUUUACGAUGCACCAUUAUAUACUGAUUUUUCUUUACCAUUAAAAAAGAAAAAACAAUCAGACAAAUUGCUCAAUGAAAAGGAAAUUCAACAACGCGUUGCACGCUCUCUAAUCCUUCAAACUAACUGCGUUGUAAAACUCACUCAACAGAUGCGCACAGAAGACUCUCGAUAUCUUCAACUGCUUGAACGACUUCGUCGAGGACAAUGCAAUCAUGAGGACUAUGAGUUAUUGCUAACACGAGUUGUGGGACAACCAUCGGUAGAAUCUCUUUGUGAUUCGCCUUGGAAUAAAGCGUCCAUUCUCGUGUUCCGAAAUGAAGUGCGAACGAAAUUGAAUAAUAAGGCAGCAAUUCAUAGGGCAAUAGAGAUGGGAGAAACACUUAUGGUGUGUACUGCUCAAGACAGUUGUAAAGGCAAAUCAAUUGAAGAUCCAACACUCGUUAAAAAGUUGUUAGAAUUAUGUGAUAGCAAAACCGAGCACUUACCAGGGCUUUUACCUUUGGUUUCUGGGAUGCCAGUCAUCUUGACACAAAACAUUGCUAUAGAACUCGGUCUUAUUAAUGGUACAAAUGGAAUCUUUCGACAACUUGUCUAUGAAGAAGAUUCUAUUUCAUCAGACAUGGUUUCAGAGGCAUUCCCUAGUAAUACACGAUAUAUACACAAACCAUUGUACGCUAUCAUUGAGAUUGUCCGAUCGGAUAUUGAAUGCAGUUUCGAACAACUUCAACGAAAUCUCGUACCGAUACCCCUAAUGGAACAAACCUUUCGUAUCAAUAUUGCUGAUAUCAUACCAAAAGAUAAGAGAAAAUCAAAAUCAAAUCGAAAUACAAUGCUCUCAAUUAAGCGGCGUGCGUUACCGCUUGUGCCUGCAUAUUGUAUUACCACACACAAAAGUCAAGGUCAGACUUUGACUAAUGUCGUCAUUGACCUAAAACUGCCCAGCAGAACAGAUGAUCUUGCUGCGAUUUAUGUACCAUUAUCACGUGUGAAACGUCUGAAUGAUUUAAUUAUUUUAAGACAUUUUGAAUACAAAACUUUGUUAACAAAACCAACUAAGUCGCAAGUGGAUGAAAUAGAAAGAUUAGAUCAACUAUAUACAGAAACACAACUGCGGUUUGCUCAAUUUUUCUAACUAUCAUUCUCCUUACAUUGAUGUGCCAGAAUCUUGACGGUGAAUGCUAAUUGAUAUUGUGAGCCUUCAAUAAAAAUUGAUUUUGUAUGCCAAAUGACUCAAAAAAGGAUCACUUCGCAUUAGACAUAUACACAUACAUAUUCCAGUUUUUUUUAGCUAAAAAAAUAAAAACUUGAAAUUCCUUAUUCGUAUAGUAUCACUGAGCUCCAUGCUGUCAACAGUUACAUGCAAAGCACAUCCUCUCUCCACAGUCGAGGGCUCAGUGAGUCGGCACGACGAACGUUACUUGUUAGUUUGAUUGUGAAAUCACUUGAUAAAGAUAACUUCAACGAAAAAUUAACAACGUACAACUAGUUAACGGGUAAAUAAAAUAAAAUAACUGAUCUGAUCUGUGAGACGCGUAAAACCGU